CCCGCUGGGCGGCGCUAUGGGCGGCGUGGCACAGGAUGGCGGCGGCAGGCUGUGAGGCGCCGCGCUGCCUGGAGGACUCCUCAGACAGCGAGCCGGAGCACCGCGGCUCCCCGCACAAACUCAUCCGCAAAGUGUCCACCUCGGGGCAAAUCCGCAGCAAGACGGUUCUGAAGGAGGGGCAGCUGAUGAAGCAGACUAACUCCUUCCAGCGCUGGAAGAGACGAUACUUCAAGCUGCGCGGGAGAACGCUGUACUACGCUCAGACGGCCAAGUCGAUCAUCUUUGACGAAGUGGAUCUGACGGACGCCAGUGUAGCCGAGUCCAGCACCAAGAACGUCAACAACAGCUUCACUAUCAUCACUCCCUGUCGGCGACUGAUCCUCUGUGCGGAGAACCGGAAGGAGAUGGAGGAGUGGAUGGCAGCGCUGAAGAGCGUUCAGAACAGAGAACACUUUGAGUCCACUCAGUAUAGUAUGGAUCAUUUCUCUGGGCUCCAUAACUGGUACGCCUGCUCGCACGCCCGGCCCACCUACUGCAACGUCUGCAGAGAAGCUCUGAGUGGAGUCACGUCACACGGCCUGUCCUGCGAAGUGUGCAAGUUUAAGGCCCAUAAACGCUGUGCAGUCAGAGCCACUAAUAACUGCAAAUGGACCACGCUGGCCUCCAUCGGCAAAGACAUCAUCGAGGACGAGGAGGGGAUCUCUAUGCCUCAUCAGUGGUUGGAAGGGAAUCUCCCAGUGAGUGCGAAGUGUACAGUGUGUGAUAAGACGUGUGGGAGUGUGCUCAGACUGCAGGACUGGCGCUGUCUCUGGUGUAAAGCCAUGGUCCACGCGGCAUGUAAGGAUCAGCUGUCCAUGAAGUGUCCGUUGGGUCAGUGUAAAGUCUCUGUGAUCCCACCCACUGCACUCAACAGCAUCGACUCAGACGGGUUCUGGAAGGCGUCCUGCCCCCCCUCCUGCACCAGUCCUCUGCUGGUGUUUGUGAACAGUAAGAGUGGAGAUAAUCAGGGGGUGAAGUUUCUGCGGCGGUUUAAGCAGCUGCUGAAUCCAGCACAGGUGUUCGACCUGAUGAACGGAGGACCACACCUGGGUCUACGUCUGUUUCAGAAGUUCGACACGUUCAGGAUUUUGGUGUGUGGUGGAGACGGCAGCGUGGGCUGGGUUCUCUCAGAGAUAGAUGCUCUGACGCUGCACAAACAGUGUCAGCUGGGUGUGCUGCCCUUGGGAACAGGAAAUGACCUGGCGCGGGUGCUGGGAUGGGGCGCGGCAUGCGACGAUGACACUCAGCUCCCUCAGAUCCUGGAGAAACUGGAGAGAGCCAGCACCAAGAUGCUGGACAGGUGGAGCAUCAUGGUAUAUGAGACCAAGUUUCCACGGCAACACUCCAGCUCCACGGUAACGGAGGAUUGCAGUGAGGACUCAGAGGUGCAACACAUUCUGACCUAUGAGGAUUCUGUUGCAGCUCAUUUGUCCAAAAUCCUCACUUCUGACCAGCACUCUGUGGUCAUCUCCUCCGCCAAGGUUCUGUGUGAGACGGUGAAGGAUUUCGUAGCGAAAGUGGGCCGAGCGUACGAGAAAAACACAGAAAACUCAGAGGAGUCAGAGACAAUGGCUAAAAAGUGUGGAGUCUUAAAGGAGAAGUUGGACUCGUUAUUAAAGACGCUGAGUGAAGAGGCUCAGGCCAGCAGUGUGAUCACAGCGCCCCCGCCCACCAUCGCUGAGGAGCAGGAGGAGGGGGAGGCUGUCUCACUGGCCCUGCCCACAAACCAGCUCACAUCCCAACACCCCACAGCGCCCUGCUCGCCCCGCCCCGCCAUCUUUAAACCCAGAGAGCAGCUCAUGCUCCGGGCAAACAGCUUGAAAAAAGCCAUCAGACAGAUUAUAGAGCACACAGAGAAAGCGGUGGACGAGCAGAACGCUCAGACUGAGGAAGUGUUUGCGGCUCUGGCUCCUGAGGAGGAGGAGGAGGAGGAUGAAGAGGAUAAAGUGUCUCUCAGGUCGGCCUACAGUGCCAGAGUGCGACACAUGAGGAGAGUUUCGAAAGCUCCCUGUGAGAAGCUCAUCACUAAAGGAAGUCUGUCACUGGGAAGCUCUGCAUCACUUCCUGCUCAGACAGGAAGCAGGGAGAACAUGCUGAGCACCAAGAUUCUGUACCCGAGUCUGAAGGCUGGAAUGACCGGUUCUCUGUCCAGUAGUUCAGUAAUCAGCCGACUGCUGGUCAAUGCUGAUCCAUUCAGCUGUGACUUGGACAACUUUGACUGCUACACUGAGAAAUGUGUAAUGAAUAAUUAUUUUGGAAUUGGACUGGACGCCAAGAUCUCACUGGACUUCAACAACAAGAGAGAUGAACAUCCUGAAAAGUGCAGAAGCCGUACUAAGAACCUGAUGUGGUACGGAGUCCUGGGAACGAAAGAGCUGCUGCACAGAACCUACAAGAACCUGGAACAGAGAGUUCUACUGGAGUGUGAUGGUCGGCCGAUUCCUCUUCCGAGUCUGCAGGGCAUCGCUGUGCUAAACAUUCCCAGUUACGCUGGAGGAACCAACUUUUGGGGUGGAACUAAAGAGGAUGAUACAUUUGCUGCUCCGUCGUUUGAUGAUAAGAUUUUGGAGGUGGUGGCUGUGUUUGGCAGCAUGCAGAUGGCUGUAUCUCGAGUUAUAAACCUGCAGCAUCAUCGAAUAGCUCAGUGCCGUACGGUAAAGAUCACCAUUCUGGGGGACGAGGGCGUACCUGUGCAGGUGGAUGGAGAGGCGUGGAUUCAGCCACCAGGAUACAUCAGGAUCGUCCACAAGAACCGCACACAGACACUCACCAGAGACAGGGCAUUUGAGAACACUCUGAAGUCGUGGGAAGAUAAACAGAAGUGUGAUUUCCCACGGCCCGUAUCCCAGCAUGCCAUUCAGCCUGAGACGGUCUCCGAGGAGGAAACGACUCAGAUCAGCCUUUUCGGCCAAUCAGCAGGAGCGCUGAUACACAGCAUUAGAGAGAUCGCUCAGACUCACCCCAGUGUGGAGCAGGAGUUGGCGCAUGCGGUGAACGCGAGCUCCAAAGCCAUGGACAUGGUGUAUGCGGACUCCAAGAACAACACGGGUCUGACGUGCAGCGUGGUGGUCCAGAUGGUCAGUAAUGUGAAGGCUCUCCACAGUGAAACUGAGCUGCUGCUAGCAGGCAAGAUGUGCCUGCAGCUGGACCCGCCACAGCGAGAGCAGCUGGACGGCGCUUUAGCCUCCGUAGCUUUGCAGCUGCGCAGACUGGCAGAAAUCAGCUGGCUCAGCACGGUCAUCGAGCCAGCCGACGACGAGGGGAACCCGAUGGAUUUCUCCAAGCGGAGCCGGAGCGCUAAAUUCCGCCUUGUUCCCAAAUUCAAGAGGGACAAAAACAACAAGAAUAAGGAGAUGUUUGCCACCCUCAACCUGCCAGUGCAUCAGUGGGGUGUGGAGGAGGUGGCAGCGUGGCUGGAGCAGCUCUGCCUGUCCGAGUAUAAGGAGAUAUUCAUCGGUCAUGACGUGCGCGGGUCAGAGCUGCUGCACCUGGAGAGACGGGAUCUUAAGGAUCUGGGCGUAACCAAGGUGGGCCACAUGAAGCGGAUCCUGCAGGGCAUCAGAGAUCUGAGCCGGAACAGCACGGCCAGUGAAGCCUAGCGCAGCCGGACACUCACUCAGAGCGGCCAGUCAGCUCACGGGGACCAGCUCGGCCUGGCCAAUCAGCUCACAGGGACCAGCUUGGCCUGGCCAAUCAGCUCACAGGGACUAGCUCAGUAAUCUCAGCCAGAAAAUCUCUGUCAGAACUUAACCAAUCAGCACAGUGCCUUCAGCUCGCACACCUGUGACAUCACAGCCUUCAGGGGAAUCCUGCUCUACUGCCAUGCUGGUGGUGUGGCGGGUUUGGU